AUGGAUAGCGUGCCGCCAGAGGACUCGACGGAGGCGCCGGUAGAAUCGUACAAGCCACUGCUGCAUGUCGACGUGAACGUAGAGCUUCUAGAGGAAAACGACAACAGCACUGGCACAACCCCACAAGCAUCACUCACGCCGCAUGUUCCAACGAACAUCUUUGUGGCUGGUGUGCCGCCGUCAUGGGACGAGAAUGACCUGCGUCAGAAGUUUCAGGAGUUCGGCGAGAUUAUUUCUACAAAGAUCGUGCGACGCAGACAUUUUGCCUUUGUUAUGUUUCGAAAACCAGAAUCGGCGCAUGCUGCAAUCAAUGCAACGCACUUAACGCAUCCCAUGUCGAACAGCCCAGUGCUGUUGCAUGUGUCUAUUGCGAUGCAUGAUGAGGGCGUAGACGACGUUCCCAAUGAUCGUAUUUUCAUUCGAGGUCUCCCGCAGUGGGCAACCAAAGAGCAUCUUAAGCAAUGCUUCUCUCCCUUUGGCAAUAUUGUUGAAUCUGCUGUGCUGAUGAACCCUCUCGGACAGUGCAAGGGUUCUGGUUUUGUGCAGUUUUCAUCCAUUGAAGAGGCAAGAGCCGCUAUUGAUGCCAGGAAAACCAUUCGAAUCGAAAACUGGGACACAGAGCUAGAGGUAAAGUUCUCCGAGACCGCUGAGGUCCGACAACAACGUCAGGAGCGCAACAAAAACCGUCAAAAACACUCCCCAAAAUACAGACAGCAUCCCUCACCGUACCCGCUCUAUUCUCCACCGGUUUCGAUGGUGCCGCCAAUGCCUGCCUUCCCUGUGCUGGGAAUGCCGGCACCCUUCCCCAUGUUCUAUCCACAAACCACGCUGACCGCAGCGGCGCCAUCACCACACGUGCUGUACUCUCCUAUGGUAACAUCUUCUGCAUUGCAUGUGUACUCCUCUGCACCGCCGGUUUUUGAACCCAUACUGGACCGAUUUCCGUCUAGCGGCGAUUUACACUUCUCCGGAGUCUCUUUUACGGAAGCUUCUUUGAUGUCACUCCUGCAACGAUAUGGGGCAGUGGAGGCGAAAGACAUUCUUGAAGAUAGCGGGGCUGCUGUUAGAAUGGUGGAUCGUGGCUUACAUACACUUAUAGCUCAACAGCUCAACGGGCUCGUUUUCUCUAAUGGCCAGGUGAUGGCAGUGGGACUUUACGCAUAA